AUGUUCCAAGUAUUCUUGAUCAUUGCUAUGGUAAUGAUACCGGCUAUCAUAGCGAUAUCCUUUUUGCUAUGUUGCAUCGUUCUUGUGAUAAUGUGGCGAGACCGAAGGUCAAGUCGCUAUAAGUCAUUUUUCUACAAAUGCUGGUGGAGUGAGGGUUUGAUGAACUUGUUUACUUUCGUGUAUUUCAUAUCAACUAUCUAUGCUAGAUUCUACAAUAGCGCUUCUGACGCUUUCAUGUAUCUAAAUCAUUUUCCAUGGUGGACAAAAUUUGCGGAGCUUUCUCAGGAGCAAAUCAUGUAUAUACAAAUCAUGAACGUGUUCUUGACCGUAGCAGGACGAAUUUGCACCGUGUGUUUACCACACUCAGCUGUCACUAGUAUUAUCGAACGACUAAAUAAAUGGGAAAUAUUUGGUCUUCAAAUUACAAUUCCUACUAUAACAGUGAUUCCACUGUUUUUUAUUUUUGACUUCGAAUACGGACUCACUCAGCCGUAUGAAAUCCCAAAAACACUGGGCAGCACCAGCCCUCAUUACAGUAAGGUACUUUUUCUUCUUGGGCUGACGUAUCGAGGAUCAGCAUUUGCUAUCUGUGUUUUCGGCUACGUUUUUCUUUUUUGGACGGUGCGGAGCAAAGCGAAACGCAAGGAGACAAACAUCCUAGUUCUUUGCGGCUGCCUUCUUGGAGCACUUGGAGUUGAAGUAGCAUACACUGUACUCUUUUACUUUCGUGAAAAAGGGGCUUAUGAGGCUUACGCAGUCGUACGACUAUUGUGUUUCACUUCGAUGCUAUGGAUCCCAUUCACAGAUAUAGUAGUAACUAUUCUGGUUCUGGCUCCGUUGAGGAAAAGUAUAAUCAGACUGGUCACGAAUCAACCUGAAACGGCCACGACAACAGUAUUCCAAGCAAGCAAAUGUCCCAGCACUGUUGUUGCUUCAAAUAAUCAAUUCACAGUCAGAAUUAAUUAGUGUCCUCGUGAUAUUGCAGCUUAGUCGCCGUUG